AUGAUUUCAUAAUUUUUUUUUUGUUUUAUUAAUAAUAUAUUUUUUAUUCAAUAUUUAAAAAGUGGAAAUUAAAUUGGUGCAAUAUUUGCAUCAGGCUUUAGUUCUGGUUUAGCAAAUUGCGCUAAUCUCUCAAAUUUGGCACUUAAUCUUUGUAGAAAUCAAAUAAGUGAUGAAGUUGCAUCAAGAAUAGGUUCUGCUAUAGCAAAUUGCUCUAAUCUCUAAAAUUUGAAACUUUUUCUUGGGCAAAAUUAAAUUGGUGCCACUGGUGCAUCAGGCUUAUGUUCUAUUUUAGCAAACUGCACUAAUCUCUCAAAUUUGAUGAUUGGUCUUUGGGGAAAUUAAAUUGUUGAUGAAGGUGCAUCAGGCUUAGGUUUUUCUUAAGUAAAUUACACUAAACUCUUAAGUUUGGACCUUAAUCUUAGGGAAAAUUAAAUAAGUGAAAUUUGUGCAUUAAGCUUAGGUCCUGCUCUAGCAAAUUGCACUAAUCUAUUAAAAUUGACACUUUAACUUGGUUAAAACUCAAUCUAAGAAUCAUAACAAUUGAAAAUAGCAAGCAAGUGUCUUAAAUUAAAAAGAUUAGUUGUAUUUUAUAUAGAUUUCUAAUUUUGA